ACUUAGCAGAUCCUUUUUGGUGCGAACUUAACUGGGAUUGGGCAUACAGGCCGACCACGUGGAGUAUGCUGAUCGUCGUCGCCGGUGUCGUUGCGGCGCCGUUCGCCGCGCUGCUGCUCGUGCUACUGCUUCUCCGCGCCUACAAUGCCACGCGCCAAGAUCGCGUUCUCGGCUUCUUCCACCCGUAUGCUGCGUCGGGCGGUGGCGGCGAGCGUGUCCUCUUUUGCGCGCUGCAAGCACUGCCCACGACCACGCACGUCGUCAUCUACGUCGGCGACGCCAUUAGCGCAACCACGCUGCUCGAAGAUGCGCACCACCGCUUCAACUUUAAAGUGACCGACGUCAAGUGCCACGUGGACGUGGUGCAUUUGCGAUACCGUCACUUGCUCGAGGCCAAGUAUUACCCCCGCUUUACGCUUCUCGGGCAGAGCCUUGGGAGCAUGCUCGUCGGCCUCGAAGCGUUUCUGCGCUGCCCAGUGGCCGUCUGGAUCGACACGACCGGGUGCGCAUUCACGUACCCGUGCGCUUGGCUCGGCGGCGCCCGCGUCGUGACGUACACGCACUACCCGACGAUCUCAAUGGACAUGCUGAGCGUCGUCGCUCGGCGCGAUGUGACAUACAACAACAGCGCCGACGUCGCCGGCAGCGCGCUCAAGAGCCAGGCCAAGCUCGCGUACUACCGCUUCUUUGCCUUCUUGUACAAGUGCGUCGGGUCGUUUGCGACUGUUGUCAUGGUCAACUCGAGCUGGACGCACAAUCACAUCAAGCAGCUCUGGACGCACACCGCGCCGCUCGUCGUGUACCCGCCGUGCGGCUCGACGGGCUUUGAAGCGUACCCACUGCCUGGGCGCGACGCGAUCGCGCUCUCGGUCGGGCAAUUCCGCCCCGAGAAGGACCACACGCUGCAACUGGCCGCUCUCGCGCGCCUCGUGCACGACCAUGCCGAGCUGGUGCGGUCGACAAACUUUAAACUCGUGCUCCUCGGGAGCUGUCGCGGCGCCGACGACGAAGCCCGCGUGCAGGCGCUCCGCGACGAGUGCGCGCGUCUCGGCCUCGAGUCGUACGUCGAGUUUGUCGUCAACGCGCCGUUUGCUCAGCUCGAAGCGUACUUGGCCAAGUCGCUCAUCGGGCUGCAUACGAUGCGGAACGAGCAUUUUGGCAUCGGCAUCGUCGAGAUGAUGGCGGCCGGCGUUGUUGUCAUCGCCCACAACUCGGGCGGCCCCGCCGCCGACAUUGUCAAGCCGGGCACCGGGUACCUUGCGACGACCGCCGACGAGUACGCAGCCAACAUGCACCGCGUGCUGACGACCGCCGACAACACCGACAUGCAAGCCGAUGCCCGGGCGUCGUCGCGCCGCUUCUCGGACGACGUGUUCCGAGAGGCUUUCUUGGCCGCGCUCACCCCCGUGCUGUAGAAACCACCAGUCUAGUCAUCCUAGCUGUAGAAACCACCAGUCUAGUUGAUCCUAGCCUAAGACUUGUCGUCCAACUCUUUCAAAAUGGCAUACCAGUCCAUCUACCAUCUACC